AUGAAGUGUAUUUUUAUGAAAAUUAAAGUGAAAAGUGCAAGUAUUUUUAUGAAGAUGGAUAUCAACAACCCUUUACCUCCUGGUGAAGGAAUGCCAAGUGGACAGAAUGAAAUUGGACAUUUAUUCCAUGCAGGACAUUCCUAUGGCAAUUCAUAUAACAGGCCACCACCCUUCUGGAGACCUCCACCUCCACCACCACAAUUAUGUGGGUAUGGGCCUAGACCCUUCCCCUUUGCACCAUUCCAUCCAUUCGGCUGUGUUCCUCCAAUGUUCAAUGUUCCUCCUCCGCUGACAAGUUCUGAACAAUCAAGUGUUACCCCUUCUACUAAUGAGGACAAGGCCUGGCUUCAAAACUGGCUGCAGUUUCGACCACUCAAGGAACAACACAAGAUUGCUCCUCAAGAAGGGUUAUCAAUCUCUGCAGCUCAAUCAAAAUUGAGACACUGGAUUGAAACGCUUAAAGACCUUAAAGACAAUUAUGAUCAUCUUCACAAAAUUGUCAGUCUACCUGCAAAAGAAUGGAGUGAUGUGUGGUCCACUGUCGCAGUAAAGAAAUUGGAAAUCAGUAAAUUAAUGAACUCCUUCAAUGGAAAAGCCUUGGAAAAUUUGCGAAGAAAACAUGUGAAACAAGUGAAUAAACGUACAAGGUUGAAGAGACGGCAGGCAGAGCAGAAAAAGGAAGUGUAUCUAGCUCAACUCAGAUGUCAGAGGUUACACCAAAAAGCUGACGCUUGGCUUGCAGACAUGCAGUUGACAGUUGAUAGAGCUCGUAAGGAUGAAAAAUUGAAAAAGGAGGCAGAUUCUGUUUUAUCAGAGGUAACGCGCCGGCAAUCUGACGGCCGCCGUCAAGUAGCUUUGUUGGAGGCACUUCAGAAACUACAUCAGGCUCGCUUACAAGAUAUUGAAGCUCGUGGAAAUAAGCUCUGUGGAGAAGAAAAACAGGCUGCCUCUCAUUCUACGAAAGUACUAAAUCAUUUACUAACUUUGUGGUCUAAGAAAAUGGAAGAAUAUGCCAAGGAGGAACAUGCUCUACGUGUUAUGCUUGAGGAAUCUGCAGCCAAACAAAGUGAUUUAGAAAUUCAGAACACACGCCACAUUCUCACGGAAUGGGAGAAAUGUCUAUUUGGUCCGGAUAGUGCUGAUAGUUUAUUUGAUAUCAAUACUCUAGUUUCCAUUCGGCAUGCUUGGGACCAGUACAUGGUACCUGAAGGAUUGGUGGUGCCUAUGGCAUCAACAAUCCCUGUGGGCUGGGUGUUGCCAACAACUCCGAGUUCAUCUGAGUGGCAGCAAUAUUUAUUCAAGAAAUGAAGUUGCCAUCUCCAUAUCCUUUAGCUUGGACUGAGUGCUUCGUAGUGUUAUUGCAAUUUGUCUGAAUUGAGCCAGUAAUUAGUGAAAAACUAGAAAGUUCAAAAAUUGACUUUGUUCAAAAUUUUGCAAAGGUAAUUAAUGUAUUAUAUUUGAAGAUGUGUGUACCUUUCACCUGAUAAAUGCCAUAAUCAUAAGUCCUACUGAACAUAGCAAUAUGUAUUUUCAUCUGAUGUAUAGUUAAAAUGCUGACCUUUUCAAAGUGGUGUAAAUUUGCUGCAUGAACAAUCCAUCAGUAAUUGUGAAGUUUGAUUGUCAAAUGUUAGUGACCAUAAUAUAAGUUUAAGGUUGUUUUUUUUAUUGUUUAAAAACAAUAAUAAUUAAAUUAAUUGUAAAGUCUUUGUCAUCUGUGUGUGCGCCUGUGUGUUUGACAUUUCCAGCUAUAGGCUUUGUAGUUAUCCAUAAGCUCCUCAUGUUAAAUUUGUGCACUUUUAUUACUAAACAGAUGGUGUUCCAAAUCCAAGUGUAAGCGCUUGUGAGCUAUUCACUGUUAAAUCGUUAACACUGGUGUUCUAACUUGUUGAAUGUCUGGAGACAUGGUAAAAAAUGGUUCAGGCAAAGAAAGCCAAGUUUAUCAUACUAAAUAAAUAAAAUUUAACAAAAAUUUUGUCA